AUGCAAGACGACAGUUUAGAAACCUCAACUUCUAUAUCUCAGCUUCUGAGAGAGAGUUAUUUAGCUGAAACUAAGCAUCAAGGGAAGAGUGAAAGAAGCAGAUCAGAGCCAGUUUCUCAUAAUUUCCACUAUGGCAACGCUUCUGGUGAUUCAGAUGAGGUAGCUGCUCAAGAUGACCUUCCAGAUCUCUCUGCCUUUUUAAGCCAAGAAGAGCUUGAUGAAAGUGUAAACCUAGCAAGACAAGCUAUUGAUCAGAAUCCACUGGAAACUAAACAGGAUGAGCUUCAGGCACAGUCACAGCAUCCCCCAGAUCAGCUGAACAACCCGGGAAAACACAAACAAAUGGCCCAGUCUACAGCUUUGAAAACAUCAGACAACGGCCUGCACUCCAACUUUUGUCAGGACCAUAUCAGAAAUACAAAGGGCUCCAAAGGGAGCUCUCAAGAUCUGAAGAAACAUCACCUCCCAUCUGAAUCAGAAUCCAAAAAGGAAUUCCUAAACAAGGCAGCAGAUUUCAUUGAGGAGCUCUCCUCACUUUUCAAAGCUCACAACUCUGAAAGAAUAAGACCCCGAACGUGCAAAAACUACAGGAGCAAGAUUGAUUCCAAGAAUAAAUCUGCUCAAAAAAGUAGCUCUAGCCUGUCUCUCACAUCAGAAAACAGAGAAAGGCUUUCCAUUCCAGCAUCUCAAGACUUGGAAAACACAGCAGAAAAAACAUUUGAACAAACAGAUGAUCAACAGGCAGCAAACUUGGAAUCUGUUAAUCAAUUAACAAGUGCAGAGCUAAAAACAGAGUCAGAAUCUGCAUCUGUAUAUUCUGAUGAGCCUAUCGGACAACCACCACGCUUUACUCAGAAACUGAAGAGCAGGGAAGUUCCUGAAGGAACCAAAGUGCAAUUGGACUGCAUUGUGGUAGGAAUCCCAGCACCUGAAGUCAGGUGGUACUGUGAAGGGAAGGAGCUUGAAAACUCACCAGACAUUCAAAUUAUCCAGACAGGUGAUCAGCACUCAUUGAUUAUUGUUGAAGCUUUUGAGGAGGACACAGGACGUUACUCGUGCUUUGCUUCAAACAUCUAUGGAACAGACUCCACUUCUGCAGAGAUUUACAUAGAAGGAAUCUCUUCUUCUGACUCUGAAGGUGAAAUCAUCACAAACGAAAUGGAUCACAAACCAAGGACAGCAGACACCUCUGUGAAUGCAGCAUCUCCUGCUGUCAGAACUGCAACCAAGCAUCAAGAAACCUCCAAGGCACCACCAGCUGUGUUCCAGCCCGUGUCUGUACCUGUCCAGACUGUGUCAACAUCAGUUAAUCCGGCCCAAAGCCCCACUAACUAUUUACAAGGACUGGAUGGAAGACCUAUAAUUGCUGCUCCUGUAUUUACAAAGAUGUUACAGGAUAUUUCAGCUUCUGAGGGGCAGCUUGUUGUCUUUGAAUGUCGGGUGAAAGGAGCUCCUUCCCCAAAGGUUGAAUGGUAUAGAGAAGGAACACUGAUAGAAGAUUCUCCAGAUUUUAGGAUAUUACAGAAAAAACCACGAUCUAUGGCUGAACCAGAGGAAAUUUGUACUCUCGUUAUUGCUGAAGUAUUUUCAGAAGAUUCUGGCACUUUCACCUGUACUGCAAACAAUAAAUAUGGCACAGUAUCCAGUACAGCACAUCUCACUGUCAGAGCAUCCGAAGACAGCAGCAAUGCUGCCACCCUUCACACCACGAGCUCCAUCGACUUUGUUGCUACUGAACACCAACCUCCCCCCCACGCUCCUUCCCCCCACGGAACAAACCAAACACCUAAACCUAAACUUGAAGGUGUUCUCGUGAACCACAACGAACCCAGAUCGAGUUCCAAGAUAGGGCUCCGUGUGCACUUCAAGCUGCCCGAAGAUGAGAAAGGAAGUGAAUCAUCAUCAGAGGAUGGACCCGGUGCUACAAACCAAAUCAGACCCAACCAUUUCCCAGAGAAGAUAAAUGGACAGCCAAUGAAAAUAACUGAGCCAACUUCACCAUCCAAGGAACCCCCCCCGGUACUGGCUAAACCAAAGCUUGAUCAGAGCCAGUUAAAGCAGCUCCACAACCAGGUCUUGCUUGAACAGCAGCAGGUGCAUCAGGCAUCUCUAAGAGAGCUGUCAUUCAACACGGUUUCAUUGAAUUCUGCUACUUCACUCUACCAACAGUCCACCUCAACUCUGUACAAGCAAAGCUCAGCCUCUGCUUCACAAGCUUUUGGCUACACCCGCCCUAAGCAGUUCCUGCCAUCCCAAACCUCACCACCGGCCAGCUCCUUGGCCAGCUCCUCCCUUGCAGCAUUCAGCAACGUCCCUCAAGCAACUCAGAGAACAAACAACAUGGAAAAUUUCACAGGAAAUCCCCCACCUGCCCAAUCGAGGUCCUCGGGAGGGUUUACAAGCAAAAGCGAACAGUCUGUCCCAAGCCCCAAAGAACCCGCGGUGCCUCCGUUAACGCUCUCUGCAUCCAGCGUAAAACACUUCCAGCCCCAGACUGUGACUCCUGCUCCCAUCUCCCCGACUGCACGGAUUCAGAACCCCGUGGCUUUCCUUAGUGCUGUUCUUCCCUCGCUUCCUGCUGUGCCAUCAACCAACGCCAUGGGCCUGCCCAGAAGUACUCCAGCCAUCCCAACCCAAGGAUCAACAAAGAAAAACCUGAAGCCUCUGCCAUUAGCAACAAGUGAUUCCAUUCGGGAAAAUAAAGCUGCUCUUUUAAAGGACCUGGAAAGAAAAUUGCAUUUCAGAGAGGAUGCUAAUCAACACAGCGGUCAGCAGGAAUACAGGAUUUCAAGCUUUGAGCAGAGGCUGAUGAACGAAAUAGAAUUUCGCCUUGAACGAACCCCGGUGGAUGAAUCAGAUGAUGAAGUCCAGCACGAGGAAAUCCCUACAGGCAAAUACAUAGCACCCAUCUUUGAUAAGAGACUCAAACAUUUCCGGGUAAUGGAAGGAUCCCCUGUCAUAUUCACCUGCAAAAUAGUUGGAAUACCUGUUCCUAAGGUGUACUGGUUCAAGGAUGGCAAGCAGAUCUCAAAGAAAAACCCGCAUUUCAAAAUGAACAGAGAAGAAGAUGGAACAUGCUCUUUACAUAUUGAAGCUGCUACCAACGAUGAUGAUGGCAACUAUACUAUUAUGGCUGCAAACCCACAAGGGAGAAUCAGUUGUUCAGGCCACCUGAUGGUUCAAAGUGUCCCUCUGCGGAGCCGACUAUCAACAACUCAGCCUCACAGAACACGACCCCGAGUGCCAGAAGGAGACAAAGAGGCAGUUCAAGAACGCUUUUUCAGGCCGUACUUUCUACAGGCUCCAGGUGACAUGGUAGCACACGAAGGGCGACUUUGUAGGUUGGAUUGUAAGGUGAGUGGGUUACCAACUCCAGACCUGACGUGGCUCCUCAAUGGCAAACCUGUGCUACCAGACAGCACCCACAAGAUGCUGGUCAGAGAGACAGGGGUUCACUCUCUGCUGAUUGAUCCUCUCUCCCAAAAUGAUGCUGGAACUUACACCUGCCUUGCCACUAAUAAAACAGGACAAAAUUCGUUUAGUCUGGAGCUCACUGUUGUAGCAAAGGAAGUAAAAAGAGCCCCCAUGUUCUUGGAGAAGCUUCAGAACUGUGGUGUUCCAGAAGGGUACCCCGUCAGGUUAGAGUGCAGAGUUGUGGGAAUGCCACCCCCCGUAUUUUACUGGAAGAAGGAUAAUGAGACCCUCCCAUCAAACAGAGAGAGGAUGAGCAUGCAUCAAGACACAACAGGGUACGUCUGCCUCCUCAUCCAGCCUGCCAAGAAAGCAGACGCUGGCUGGUACACCUUGUCUGCAAAAAACGAAGCUGGUAUCAUCUCUUGCACUGCUCGACUUGACAUAUACGCUCAGUGGCACCGCCAAAUUCCACAACCGCUCAAGCUCCGCCCCGGGGGCAGCCGGUACGCCAACCUCACCAGCCAAGGACUCGACAUCUUCCCUGCCUUCCCAACUCCUGAGAGCCCUCUGCUCUUCUCAGCCCCAUCCCAAAAGUUGGUGGAGAGUGAAGAACUUUGAAAAACAAACACUUGUUCCAGUUACACCCGCAGAGAUAUCAGAACUGUGAAAAAAUAAAUAAUAAAAAAAAAAAAAGAAGAGGUACAAGUGAAAUGCUAAUGGUUUACAAGCAACUUGUUUAUAAUCAAGUGUACUGCUGCUGCAAAUGUUGCAACUAAUACAUCAUACAAGACUUUUGCAUAUUAUUUUAAUGCAGGAUAAUUGUGGUAUGGAGUGUUGUGCAAUAAAUUCAGUACUGUGUAGUUUGCUAAGAAUUACAUAGUAAACAUAGUUUUCAGCACCUAAAAGCCAAUACCACUUUUACUUCUUGAAUUAAAGCUACUGCACUGUAGCUGCCACGGUAAGGAUUGAUGCUGAUGAGCUGGAAUACUGCCAGUGAGAACACUGACAUUACAGUAACAGCAAUCUUAAUGAGGGUAAACAACAAGACUUUGAAUGUAAUUCUAAAAAACAUACCAAAUAAUCACAAAGCACAAGUUAAAGGGGAAAGAUGUAAGUCAUUUUUAUAUGAUUAUUACCACAGAAUCACAGAAUAUGCUGAUUUGGGAUUAUCUUAGAAUUUUUGAACUUCAGACUAGAUAAAUAUAGUGUUUCAUGUAGGUACAGCUGUAUACCCUAAAUAUUUAUAUUUGUGUGUGUGUGUGUGUGUACUCCAUGGAUUGUGCAUUCACAGUGUAAGGGUUCAUAAAAAAAGGUACAGGGCAUGUGCAUAAGGUGCCAACUUAGAAAAUGAAAACUCCUUUUGUCUGAAACAUGGGCCCAUUGCUGAAACUAUUUUCCAGAUGUGCUUCCUACUUUUUUCUUUACCAUGCUAGUGAUUGUCUGUCUUUAACACAGAUGAUAGCAAGCUUAUAAGUUCCUGUCUCUUUUUCCUAAUUUUUAAUGUGCCCCUACCAUCUAGCUCAUUUUAUAACUAACUGAAAAGGAAUUAUGAUCUGGUAAACUUUUACCAUCACUUAGGAAAUGAUCACAAGUGCAGUGUCUACUAUGAAGACAGAAAAUCCUGCUAAUACACAAAAAUUAAAAAGUUAAGCAACAGUUAUGUGCAAAGAGCUAAAAAAAAAACCCUACUGUAACUAAUAAUAGUAAUAAAUAAGGCAAAUAAAUGAAAGCUC